CUAUCCGUGUCGGCAGCCAUUGUCAACCGCCACCAUCAUGAAGAUCUAAUAUCAUUGCCACCGAGUAGGCACCCUCGAAUCUACUGGACUCGGACUGAUCUUGAUCCGAAAUCAUCAUCGCUUGCCUUCAUCAAACGAGCGGCAGGCCCAUCAUCGCGUGUGGUUCUCCUAAAAAUACAAUCCCGCCACGCUCGCUUCGCAGUUGUCGAUGUCAUCUUCUCACCUUCCUGGCCAAUCGCUGUGAUCAUCUUUGACAAUCCCACUAACAAUUCUCCAUUCGCCUGCAACAUCUCCCAAGCGAGAAACACCAUGUCCGUACCUGAUUUCCCCCAGGGACGCGGCUCGGGUUUCGCAUGCGCUUGCGAAACGAGAGCACACAUUACCAUCUUCCUUCGACCGGCAGUUGAUGCCAACCAUCUACGCGCAGGCAAUCACCAUCGCGCCCGACGCCAAUAUCAACCUCGCUCCCUGUCCAUAUGCGCGUCCCUCUCCAAUGCACCGCCGUUGUCCUCACCGUCGGAUCCAUCAGCCCUCACUCUCGUACAGCAACUCAGUAACCCUUAUGUCAGAUUCCCCCCCUAUUUCGUCAUAUCGUACCAUGUCAUCCCGCCCAACCCCAUUGCAAACGACCCCAAUCGUCUCCGGGUAAAACAAAUCCACACAUCACCACCACGUAGCCGUCGCCACCGCCCCAUCCAUCCAUACAUUCAUUAUCAUUACCUAACUUUACAGUUCCACAAACCUUCGCCCCUUCCUCCGUUCUCUCUCUCUCUCUCUUCAUUAUCAGCAUCCGUUUCCAUCCAUAUGAUAUCAAACCCCCCUGGUACCAUUAUCAUGACAACGAAUCUCCUCAAAAUGCUAUCUGCUCCUUCCUCUUCUUUCCAUCCCCCCUUGAUAUAG